AUGGCCGGGGUCGUUGGAUGGAUAACUGAGUCCUUCCUGGAGAUUCUUCAGAUUUCUGGACUGACUCUGCAGUCCUUUUUCGUCUUCUGUGUGGCCUUUUUCCUGGCGUGUUUUCUGUUGAAAAGCCGCAGAAACCUGCCUACCUACCCGGCAGGACGUGUGCCUAUUCUCGGGCACCUUCUCGCCUUGGGACGAGCGCCUUACCUCAAGCUGACGGCGUGGAGGCGGCAGUACGGGGACGUCUUCACCGUCAGGAUGGGGAUGGAAGAUGUGGUGGUUCUGAACGGCUACACUGCCGUCAAGGACGCGCUUGUCGACAGGUCUGACCUGUUCGCCUCCAGGGCGCAAAUUUACCUGGCUGAUGCAAUAGUUGGUUUUGGAAAAGACAUAGUAACUGCCCGCUGGGGGGCGGAGUUUAAACAGAGAAAAAGGUUCGCCACCGCCGCUCUGAAGAACCUCGGCAUGAAGGUCGGAACUGGCAGCAUUGAGGAGAAAAUCGCAGAGGAGGCAAGCUGUCUCCGCAACAGGGUAGCUUAUUACAAUGGGAAGCUCUUCGACAUCACCCAUGAUGUUACUGUAGCGGUUGCAAACGUCAUCUGUUCCAUGGUAAUGGGGAAGCGAUAUGACUACCAGGACGAGACGUUCCGAGAACUGGCAGAGGCUGUUGUCACAAUCAUGGCUGGACUUGGAGGAGGACAGAUCAUCAGCGUCUUCCCCGUGCUACGGUUUGUUCCUGUGGUGAACAGAGCCGGCAUAAAUGCGCUAGAAGAGGUCCCUAAGGUCCUAAAUGUGUUAAGAGAGGAGCUAUCUCGCCAUCGCGAGAACCUGGAUCGCGAGAACCCGCGAGACUUCCUGGACUUCUGCCUGCUGGAGGUUGAGAAGCAGGAGAAGGUGGAGGGUCUGACGGAGGAGAACGUCAUGUACAUGGCCCUGGACCUCUUCUUGGCGGGAAUAGACACAACCACCAACACACUAAUGUGGAGUCUGCUCUAUAUGAUUUUGAACCCUGACAUCCAACAUAAGGUACAGCAGGAGCUAGAUGCCGUUGUUGGUGAGGGUCUGCCCGCCCUGUCCCUCCGUUCCCAGCUGCCCUACGUGAACGCCUGUCUGCUGGAGGUCAUGCGGAUCCGGCCCAUCGUACCUCUUUCUCACCACGCCACCACAGAGUCGGUUAAGGUGCAGCAAUACGGCAUUCCGAAGGGAACACAGGUAGUACUAAACCUGUACUCCGUCCACAUGGACCCCGCCUACUGGCCUGAUCCGGACCGGUUUGACCCCGGGAGGUUUCUAGACGCAGAAGGAAACUGCAGGAACAAGCCCGAGUCGUUUAUGGUAUUUGGGGGAGGCCGACGCGUUUGUCUUGGAGAGCAGCUGGGCAGGAUGGAGAUCUUCUUGUUUUUUUCGACCCUGCUGCAGUCGUUCAGUUUCAGGACGCCAGAGGGCGCUCCUCGUCCAACCACUGACGGCGUGUUUGGUUUGACACUGGCGCCGCACCCGUUUAAACUCUGUGCGGUUCCGCGUUAG